UCUCCAGGUCAAAAGAUCAUAAAGUAAUCUGGACCGUUCAUAUACGGUCAAAUAUCUGACCCAUCUAAAACCCACUAAAAUCAUCUAAUCAACUUUCCCGCCAUGUUAAUUCUAAUCCCUAAAACCCUAUCCUCUUCUCCAUUUCUUCUCCAAAACCCUCUAAAUGUUCGCAACUUCGAAGUUCGAAAUCCUAAAGUUAAUAAAUUUAACUGCAAAUUCGAGCUUCAAACCGAAAGGGGUAUCGUGUUCGAGACUGGAGGGACCUUCUUUCAACAUGAAAGUGCCAAAGGUCGAGACUUGGGGGUAUUGGCUGCAAGUCUCUACAAGCAAUCCAAAGGAAACUUACGUGUCUUGGAUGCAAUGUGUGGCUGUGGAAUUCGGUCUUGCCGGUACCUAAUAGAAGCCAAAGCAGAUUUCGUAUUGGCAAAUGAUGCUAAUGAUGAAUACCGAGGGAUUAUUUUGGGGAAUCUGAAGAAAGUGGAAAGAGGUUUUGGAGAUGACAGGAGAUGGGCUGUUUCGCAUUUUGAUGCGAAUAGAGUCUUGACUGAAUGUUAUUUGCAGAGGGAUUUUUUUGACUUGAUUGAUAUUGAUUCAUUUGGGAGUGAUUCUUUGUUUUUGAGGUCUGCAAUGAGUGCUUUGAAAUUGGAUGGAUUGCUUUAUCUUACUUCUACUGAUGGGUAUUCUUCAGGUGGUCACCGGCCUCAUUGUUCUUUAGCUGCAUAUGGAGCAUAUAUACGCCCCAUGCCUAGUUGCAAUGAGAUUGGAUUGCGAAUGCUUAUAGGAGGGGCUGUGCGGGAGGCAUCUCUACUAGGAUAUCACGUUACUCCACUCUUUUCAUACUACUCCUAUCAUGGACCAGUUUUUCGGGUCAUGCUCCAAGUAAAUAAAGGGAAGGAUCACGAGAACAGGCAUUAUGGUUUCAUAAGCUACUGCAACCAAUGUGGAAAUACUCAAUCAUUUUCUUGGGAAGAACUUGGUCAGAGUAGUUGCUCUUGCAAUAGCAGUAACGAUUCUAGUCCGGUUACUGUUUCAGGACCCUUGUGGACGGGACCUCUUCAUAAUGCUACCUUCAUCACCGAAAUGUUAAAUUUGGCUGAGCAAUGGGGAUGGAUAGGCAAUGAUGUGGGAGCUGAUCUUGAUAAGCUUCUGAAACGGAUGUUGGAUGAAAGUGACCCCAGAUUACCUUUUGGAUACAUCAAAAUGGAUGAGAUGGCGAGCCGUGGAAAAAUUAAUUCACCUUCAUUAAAGACUAUGAUGAGCACCCUUGUCAAGGGAUACGCUGCUACUCGGUCGCACAUUGCCUCUAAUGCAAUCAAAACAGAUUGUCCCAUGUCAAUGUGCAUUAGAAUUGCCAAGGAACUACAGGGUGCUCAAAAUUUUGAAGCAAAGUGAUUUUAGAGCACAUUUUGGUUAUGAGAUUGCAUGUUCAUUAGUAAAAAGAUGUUUGGUUGGCCUAAGUUUGAAAUUGGUAUCGAAGGUAACGUAAUGUAUUAGUUUACAUGUAAAGUAUUGGUUUUCAGAUAGGAUUAUUUUAUAUGUAGCUUAAUCACAUGCAAAUGGUAAAAGUGCUGUAGAGGGAGAGACCCAAUCUUAUCAUGUAUUCUGCAUAAUUUUGACCCUAUACUUUUAGAAUGAAAAAUUCAGAAUAAUUUUCGCGAACA